AUGUCUUCUUCCAACGAUUCUCUCCACACUACCCCUGUCUUCCUUCUAACGGGCUUUCCUGGGCUAGAAAAUGCCCAUGUUUGGAUUUCUAUCCCAAUAUGUUCCAUGUACCUCACCGCUAUUGUGGGGAACUGCACAAUCCUCUUUGUCAUCAAGACAGAGAAGAGUCUCCAUGAGCCCAUGUACUAUUUUCUUUCUAUGCUGGCCCUCUCUGACUUGGGCCUGUCCUCCACUACUUUGCCAACCAUGCUGAGUGUGCUUUGGUUCAACUACCGACCCAUCCACUUCAACGCGUGCCUCAUCCAGAUGUACUUCAUCCAUACCUUCUCCAUCCUUGAGUCUGCUGUACUCCUGGCCAUGGCUUUUGACCGUGUCAUUGCCAUCCGGAGCCCCCUGAGGUACGUGUCCAUCCUAACCAACUCCAUGAUUGUCAAGAUUGGGUUGGGAUUGAGUGUACGAGCGGUGCUGCUUGUGUUGCCAGCCUCUUUUCUCCUUAAGAGACUGCAGUAUGGCAGAGUGAAUGUGCUCUCGUAUUCCUUCUGCCUGCACCAGGAUAUCAUCAAGGUGGCACAGUCAGACAGAAGGGUCAGCAGCAUUUAUGGCUUGCUCGUUGUUCUCUCCUCCAUGGCACUGGACUCACUGUUGCUUGUCCUGUCUUACAUUGUGAUCCUGAAGACAGUCCUGAGCAUAGCAUCCAAGGAAGAGCGGUUCAAAACCCUGAACACCUGUAUCUCCCAUAUCUGUGCAGUCUUAAUAUUUUACAUCCCAAUGAUUGGACUCUCCAUGAUCCAUAGGUUUGGGAAACAGGCAUCUCCCAUUGUUCAUAUCCUCAUGGCUAAUGUCUACCUGUUGGUCCCGCCAUUGAUGAAUCCCAUCAUAUAUAGUGUGAAAACCAAAAAGAUUCGUGCACAGAUCCUCAGAAAGCUUUGCAGCAACAGGAGUCUGCUGGAAGUUCAUGCUCCAUAA